AUGACAUCCAAAAGAGUGUAUGAGUUUGAUAAUGAAGCAUAUGUAUUAGAGUUGCAAAGGCUAUUUAUUGAAGACCAAGAUGAUCCAGUUGGGGAGGUCUUAGAUGAAGCAAAUGAUACAGACUCUUCUGAACACAUAGAAGAAAGAGAUGGAAGUUCUGAUAGUGAACAAAACGAUUCGGACGGAAGUAUAGCGUCAGAUAACGAAAAUGAAAAUUGUUAUAUAGCUCUCAGAAAGAAAAAUGGAAAAAUUACCGACAAUUACGUUUGGGAAAAGACACCUUACAACAGAAGAAGAAGGUUAGAGAAGCAAAAUAUUCUUGUGCGCCUACCAGGAGUUAUUGGUAAUGCUCGUCAAGCAAGGGGAUGCCUUGAAAUAUGGCAAUUUCUAUUCGAUGACACCAUUCUGAACUUGAUAGUGACCUAUACCAAUCAGCAUAAAAUGAGUGUACAAGUAAAUUUCAGCAGAGAUAGAGACGCCCGUACUACUGAUCUCACUGAAAUCAAAUCAUUCAUAGGGCUGCUAUAUUUGGUUGGACUGUAUAAAGGCGGUCGAUUGAAUUCAGAGGAGCUGUGGGAUACAGAAGGAAACGGUGUCGAAAUUUUUAGAUUGACUAUGGGAUUGAAGCGCUUCAGGUUUCUAUUUCGUUCUAUUAGGUUCGAUAAUCGAGAGACCAGAGAUGAGAGAAAAAAUAAUGAUCGUUUAGCUUCUAUAAGAGAAAUAUGCGAAAUGUUCGUAACCAACAGUACAAAGUGUUAUUCACUAAGAGCCAAUGUGACAAUUGAUGAAAAGCUUGAAGCUUUUUGCCGUAAAUGCAACUUCAUUCAAUAUAUACCAUCAAGGCCGGCCAAGUGUGGUAUUGAGAUUUUUGCCUUCGUUGACGCCAAAACAUAUUAUACUAGUAAUAUGGAAAUUUAUGCCGGACUACAACCAGAUGGAUCAUAUUCCAUGAGCAAUAAAAGCAUUGAUGUGGUGAAAAGGAUGAUAUCACCCAUAUACAACACUGGAGGAAACGUGACUAUGGAUAAUAGAUUCUGCGAUGUUUCACUUCUGCAAGAUUUAUCUACAAACCAUAAGUUGUUCAUAAUAGGAACACUGAAGAAGAACAAAUGGCAAAUUCCAAACCAGUUGAAAAUCCUGAAAUACCGUUCUAUACCAUUCAGUAUGUUUGGUUUCAGAAAGGAAGGAACAAUAGUAUCCUACGUUCCUAAGAAAAACGAACAUGUUGUACUCAUCUCAAGUUUACAUUUCGAUGAUAAAAUUGAUGAAUCUACCGGAGAUAAAAUGAAACCUGAGAUCAUUCCGUUUUAUAAUGUAACUAAAGCAGGAGUCGACGUGGUAGAUAAAUUGUGUUCCUCAUACAAUGUAGCACGGAACACUGGUUAUAUUCUUUAG